AUGCCCUUGAGAGCAUUUACGUGUCCGUUGCCAGAAACCAGAUUUCUCCGUGCAGGAAAGCUGCUGUACAAAUGUCGAAUCCGGUACGGCAACUUCAGCAGUGCUCCCGGUCUGGACAACGCUGAAAGUACUGCCAGGGAGUUAGAGGAAGCAAUUCGAGUAAUUCUUGGAAAUCUCGAUGACUUGCAUCCAUUUUCUACAGAGCACUUCACUAUCUUUCCAUAUUUGAGUAAAUGGGAGAGAGUAUCAAAGCUGAGAUUCAAACAUAAGAAUGUCCAGCUUGUGCCGUAUCCCUACGUUUGCACCAUGUACGUAGAACUCAACUCAUUUCAGCAGAACCUGUCUCGUGGUAAGUCGCUCAAUGUUUGCCAUGUUUUGAAGGUGAAGAGAAGAAACGAAGGGUCAGAAAGCACUGCAGGGAAAGAAGUGGUGAAGAGGAGGAGAGUGGAAGUCAGAGCAGAGACCUCAUGUCCACAGUUGGGUAGGGCCAGAACUGGAGCCGAGUGUGUUCAGCCUGUGAGUAAAGCAAAGCAUGGAUUUCAAACGGUAAGCUACAGAACAUUCAGAAAGAGUAAACAGCAUCUGUUUAGUCAUGGAUUUUUGAGUGGCAAGCAUGAAAAUGCUACCAGAAGUCCUGCCAAGAGAAUGAGCCUGAGUCUAGUCCAGCUUCCCUUGCUGUGGGCUGUGGCCAAGCGAGUUUCUGUAAGGGAACCUGUGGGAUCUAACACGGAACAAGGAACAGCAGCUGGUCAGUCUGAGGGUGCAAAGCAGCUUCCUCAGCAAACAGAGCGAGUGGUAAACAAAGGAGCUGUGGAGUCAGAAGGAAGGAGUGUCUCCAGCUUCUGGAGAAGCGUGAUCCUUCGGCCACUGCAGAAUCUUUUGGGUGGGAAGAACUGAGCUGGAAGUACCAAUAGUUGUGCAAAGGUAAACUUGCAGCAUGAAUGUGGGGCUGUGUGGUUUCUGUUGCAAUUCAGCUUUUCACCUGGCUUGCCUCAGCUCUUAAAUGCUUCCAGUGAGCUUCUACUUUGCUCACACUUUGCAGUUCAUGUUCUGAAGGGGUUGGGUCUGAGGCUUUUCCUUCCCACCCUCCAGCUUUGGCAAAAACAGCAACAAGCUUUAAGGUUUGAUCCUCGUGUGUCAUAAUUUGGGAAUUUUACAUUUAAGAGUCAUUGUAUGAGCUUCUAGUAAAACAAACAUCAACUUGAAACUGCCUCUACCAGAAAACACUCUUUUCCUCCAGCUGGAGGUUUCUAGUGUCAGCUGGACUCCUGUGCUGCGCUUCACAGCACUAGAAAGGAGUGUUUUCUUCCCAGUGCUUUCUUGACUCUCGUAUAACAAACUGGGGAGUCAACUCCCUGCACUUGCACUGCUGUGUCAGUUUUCAGUAGAUCCAUGACCCACCUCUUCCCACCUUUCUUGGAGUGGUUCACUGUAGCAUAGCCAGCACGCUGCCUUCCUCCAGACAUGAGCUUCCUCCCAUCUGUACAGAGUUCAAAGUCAGAAAAAGGAGUGUC